CGCACUCCGGGCCCGGCCCGGCAGCCAUGGCAGGAGCCGGCGGCGGCGGCGGCGUGGGCGGCGGCCCGGCAGCGAUGGGCGGCAGCGACGUGCAGUGGUGCUUCUCGCAGGUGAAGGGCGCCAUCGACGAGGACGUGGCCGAAGCUGAUAUCAUUUCAACUGUCGAAUUUAAUUACUCUGGAGACCUUCUUGCAACUGGAGACAAGGGUGGCAGAGUGGUCAUAUUUCAGAAGGAACAAGAGAAUAAAAGCCGUCCUCAUUCUAGGGGCGAAUAUAAUGUUUACAGUACCUUUCAAAGUCACGAACCUGAAUUUGACUAUCUGAAAAGUCUAGAGAUUGAGGAAAAAAUUAAUAAGAUUAGGUGGUUGCCGCAACAGAAUGCUGCUCACUUCCUGCUGUCUACUAACGAUAAAACUAUUAAAUUAUGGAAAAUAAGUGAACGGGAUAAGAAAGCAGAAGGUUAUAACCUGAAAGAUGAAGAUGGGAGACUCCGAGAUCCUUUCAGAAUCACAGCCCUACGGGUUCCCAUAUUGAAGCCCAUGGACCUGAUGGUAGAAGCAAGUCCUCGAAGGAUAUUUGCCAAUGCCCACACCUAUCACAUCAACUCCAUCUCUGUCAACAGUGACCAUGAAACAUACCUCUCUGCUGAUGACCUGAGGAUCAACCUGUGGCAUCUAGAAAUCACAGAUAGAAGCUUUAACAUUGUAGAUAUUAAGCCCAUGAACAUGGAGGAAUUGACCGAAGUGAUCACUGCUGCAGAAUUCCACCCCCAUCAGUGCAAUGUGUUGGUGUACAGCAGCAGCAAAGGAACCAUCAGACUGUGUGAUAUGCGCUCCUCAGCCUUGUGUGAUAGGCAUUCCAAGUUUUUUGAGGAGCCUGAAGAUCCCAGCAGUAGGUCGUUCUUUUCAGAAAUCAUUUCAUCAAUAUCUGACGUAAAGUUUAGCCACAGUGGCCGAUACAUGAUGACAAGAGACUAUCUUUCAGUUAAAGUGUGGGAUCUCAACAUGGAAACCAGGCCUGUGGAGACGUAUCAGGUUCAUGAAUAUCUCCGGAGCAAGCUUUGUUCUCUCUAUGAGAAUGACUGCAUCUUUGACAAGUUUGAGUGCUGCUGGAAUGGCUCUGAUGGUGCCCUUAUGACCGGGUCGUACAACAACUUCUUCAGAAUGUUUGACAGAAGCACGCGGAGGGACGUGACUUUGGAAGCAUCAAGAGAAAGCAGCAAACCACGCGCCAUCUUAAAGCCCCGGAAAGUGUGCACUGGGGGCAAGAGGAAGAAAGACGAGAUCAGCGUGGACAGUCUGGACUUUAACAAAAAGAUCUUGCACACAGCGUGGCACCCCCUGGAGAACAUCAUUGCUGUUGCAGCCACCAACAACUUGUACAUAUUCCAGGACAAAGUCAACUAGAGACACUCGGCUCCUCUGGGGACAUUGACUCACUCCUGCCUUGGGAAACCCGAUUGCUUUUCUGUUCAAAGAAAAGACAUUCCCGUCCUUUCCAUGAAGAACACUGAUGCACUCAUGUCCCUCGACAGGUAAAGGAAAGAAGCUGGCCUGGUUUGGGUUCAGGGGGUUGGGAAGAACACGAGAAGCAAGGCUGGUGGACGGUGCUCAAUAAAGGCCUUUAUUCAGAACAAAUGUCUUUAUUUCAGUCUGAGCCUUUCUUUCCAGUUUAUAGACCAAAAAUCCAGCACUCAAGAGGAAAGUUGUCAAAGCUCUUUCUUUUUCUCUUGCUCUCUCUUCUUUCUCUCUGCUGUAAUAUUUGGGCCUUUCAGAACAUAUGUUGUGCUUUAUGACGAUACGAGCAUUCCUUCUCUGGCGUUCGUCCGGGUCUAGGUGGUUUUACCAUUGGAUGCUUAGGUAGGGCUUGAGUUGGGUCCGGCAGCAGGUUUUUCAUGUGUAUUUACUCUCCCACUGUAUUUAACCACACCUUCUGGUGUAACCACUUAAUAAAAAUAAGAACCUAUAAAAAGUGUUUUUAAAUCUGGAAGUAUGAAUCAGUCUUUUUAUUUUCUUGUAUUGCACUAUUUGAAAUUGUGCAAAGCUAUCCUGAUGGGAAGCUAUGACCGGUUUUUGUCCUGAAUCAUUGACAGAACAGUGCUGUGUGCAGUGCUCUCCCCAUCACCGUGAGGCCAUGGGUUUGUGUUGUUGUGAUUGGAUGGCAUCGCGCUAGGGUGUGGUAGGUUGUCUGGCAGCAAGGAGCUGAGGAGGAGAGAGCCGCUGUCGGCCGAUGAUGACCAGAGUUGCUGCUGCACUAAUACGAAUAAUAUUAGCUGGUUUUCAAUCUGCCUCAGAUUUGCCGCAGUUGGGAUACCUGAUGUUCACUGGGUUUUGGUUUUUUUUUUUUUUUUUUUCAAUUUUUAAACUUUUUUUAGUAUGUGGGGGUGGGAGGGGAGGGAUAUACUGUUUAAAAUAUUGGUAAAGUUACUGCAUGCUGAAUUUCAUAUUGCAAUUCAAGCCAGCAUAUAGAAUUUGUUAUGCCAAACUGUCAGUAUGAAUUCGUAAAGAUUUUAUUAGCAGAGUAAAAUAUUUGACAUGAGGAAUCAGGAUAUCCCAAGUAUAAAAGUCCAUGGGUGAUGGGCACUAUGGAAAUACUACUGCCAGGGGAUUACAGAAUAAACCAGAAUCGUGUCUUGGUGCCUCCCCUGUCAUGGGCAGGAGCUCCGAAUUCUGCUCGUGGUCCAAAUGAAAGUGUGUCUCGUGGACCUCAUUUUGGGUUGCUAGAUCUGUCCAUAGAACCCCCCUUAAACUGUGAAUGAAUCGGGAGUCUAAAAGAAGUACUUCCCACCCAAAUCUCCUGGUUGUGACACCAUUUGCAAGUCCAAGGGUACAGGGGUAGGGCAAGGAAGCAGCGGCCCACCCUGUUCUAACACUCCAGUGCUAACACAAUGGGAUUGUAUAUACUUGUUCAACUAUUUUGAUCAAAAAGUUUAAUAAAUUUUAAAUGUUUAACUGAA